AUGGAUCUUGUUGAUAAUCCAUUAAGACGUUCCCAAAUUGGUCCCAAAAAUAUUAUUUCCGAUAGGCUUGAACCGUUUCCAAUUUACCAUGUAAAUAGCAUAAGCACUGAUGCUGAACCGGUAUCCAUCGAUUAUGAUCAAUUUCAAAAUGAAGAUAAUGUCGAAAAUGACCGAUAUAAAUUUACCAAAAUCAGAAAGGAUCUUUACCCUUUACACCACAAUACGCAUCAACUAGAUUCUGAUGAUCUAUAUCGAACGCCUUUACAAAGGAAAUUUUAUUAUUUCUUUGAAGAACCUCGAUCGAAAUGGGCUCAACUUUAUUCAUUUGUUUCUCUCCUCUGUGUAUUGAUUACAAUAACUGUGAUUUGUAUUGAUUCCUUGCCAACAGUUUUCAUAAUUAAACAAGUCAAUGUGCGCAUAUGGCUUCCAUCCGAUAUUUUGGUAGUGUUUAUAUUCACCUUGGAAUAUUUGGGAAGAUAUUAUGCUUCUAUAAAUAAGCUUAAAUUCUUGGUUCAUCCCUUAAAUUUGUUGAAUUUAAUUUCAAUCGUUCCAUUUUAUAUUCAAAUCGUUCAUCCCUUUUCCAAUGAGUCAUAUCUUCGAUUUGUAAGAAUUCUACGAGUGACGAGAAUCAUCAAAUCAUUGCAACGUAUGGGGAGGAUUUCUGAUGGAUUCAUGAUUGCGACCAAUGUAUUUUUCAUCUCGGCAUAUCAAAUCAUUUUAAAUUUACUUUAUUUAAUACUUGUAAUGGUGAUUUCGUCAAUCUUUAUAUAUUAUGUCGAAAGGGGAGAAUUCGAGUCAUAUACAGAAACUUGGUAUAGAACAUUACCGGACGGAACCAAAGAGAAAAGUCCGUUCCAAUCCGUGUUUCAUUGUUUUUAUUUCAGUAUAGCUGCGAUGACAACAACCGGAUAUGGAGACGACUUACCAAUCACACUUCUUGGACGAUUUCUUGCUACAUUAACAACCAUAUCUGGAUUAUUAGUUAUUGCAUUAACUUCAUCUAUCAUUGGAAUAAAUUCUGAUUUGGAAUGGUCAAAAUAUCAACGACGUGAAUCCAGGGUGAAUUUUUAUGCCAUGUGGAAAGCAAUCGAUGAUGCCAAUGUUGAAAAGUUAAGUAGCAAAGAACAAACCGCAAAGGCAGACCUCUUGGAGUUUCAGAAUGGUAUUUUAGUAGAUCUCAUAGAGGAAAUUCAAGAUAGGUUUAAUGAAAUUGACCCUCCAAUGUAUAAAUUUAAAUAUGACAAUUUACGGGUUGAAUACAAUCAAACAAUUGGGAAAUUAUCUCAACUAGAACUGGAGAUUAAAGAAUACGAAAAUUUAGGUAACCUAGAUGAUUAUGAGCAACUUGAUAUAAUCAAAAAUGAUGAAUGA